AUGAUGGAUCCAAUUAUGCUCUUGUAUGGAAAGGGGAAAAUCCCUGGUUUUUUGUUCAGUCCAGAAAUUGCCUUGGAUGUGGUACCAGCUGACAUUGUUGUAAAUUCAACAUUAGCGGUCAUAGCAAAACAUGGUGGCAAAGAAAGUAAGCUAGAAAACAACAAUGCCAGUGAUGAUCAUGUGUACCAUAUUACUUCAUCUGUUGCGAAUCCUUUGAAAACUCGACAUCUGCUGGACCUGGUCUAUCAGCAUUUUAACUUAAAUCCUUGCUUUGAUCGUGAGGGAAAUCCAGUCCAAAUUUCAGCUUUCAAGUUCUUUACUUCUAUAGAAGAUAUGUUGUCCUACAUGGAGAGCAUUAACAGCAAUGAUGAGAUUUCUCCCAAACAGGAACUUAUUCGAAGAAAAUCAAUAGAGCAUUUUAAGUACAUGGCUAAUGUGUACCAACCCUACUCCUUCUUCGAUGGAAGAUUUGAUAAUAACAAAGUCGAGAAAUUAUUGGAGUGCUUGUCUGAAGAAGAGCGGAAGGAGUUUGAAAUCGAUGUAAGUUCCAUAGAUUGGAAACAUUACAUUACAAGGGUCCAUUUUCAUGGUGUAAGGAAGCAUGUUAUGAAGGAGACAGCCCUCAAGUAGUUAUGUUCAGGACAAAACCUUCAAUGCAUUCACUCCAUAUUAUGAUGCCUAGGCUCCAUACUAUAAUCAUCUGUAGAUGCUCCUAUUGUCUCGAAAAUCUGGAUAGGAAUAGGGAGACCGGCAUCAUUCCUUCGUUUUGAUUAUUAAUCCUAAUAACUUCGUAUUUUCUUGAGAGAAUGAUU